UAAUUAUUUGCAAUGGGUUCAAGUGCGAGAAAAAAGAGGGAAAAGAAGAAGGACUUUCAAAAAGUGAAACUUCGAGUUGGCAAGACUAAAGCAAAAGCCGAUAACUUUACAGACACCAGUUUUAAGUCCAAAUCAAUUGUUGUAAAUCAACAAUCUCUUAAAACUGCUGCACCUUCGAAUGUUGUACAAUUCACUCAUUAUCUCUCUUUGGCAUCGACCUCGAAAUCAGACACUCAGCGAAAGGAUGCGCUCGCAUAUCUUACAACUCAACUCUCUUCUCAACCCGUAAACGAAUCAAUACCCCUCCCAACUGCUGUUAUUCUCCCGAAACUCCUACCUUUGAUCCUUGAUGGAAACGCCUCUGUGCGAGCACAGCUCCUCAAAUUCCUUCGACUUUUACCACCUGCAGAUAUCGGUGAUCGAGCAGAAUCCGCCUUACUAUACACAAGAGCUGGUAUGACACAUUUGGCCACUGAAAUUCGAGUUGAUGCUUUAGCCGUAUUAGAAUGGCUUCUUCAAGUUGCAGGAGAAGAUAUAGUUUCAUGUCCGGGUGGGUGGGUGAAAACAUUGAAAAGUUUCAUGUCAAUGAUAGGCUGGACUACAAGUAGCGCAACGUCAAAAUGGUCAUCUGCAAGUAGAGUUAGUUUUGGAAUAAGUAGGACUAGUUUUGAGAAGUCGGGGAAAACUCUUCCAAGACAGUUGAUGGUGCUUUCCCAAUUUCUCAAGGCUGGCCUUGUGGAACCGGAAAUGGUUGUGCAGCCUACUACGAAUGGAAAUAAUUUCCCGCUUUUCGAUGUCGAGCGACAUAUGAUACCUUCUAGAGCGAACGUAUAUGCGCAUCUCAAUCUUUUUGGAUCAUCGAGAGAUGAAGAAGGAGAAAUGUAUAUCGAUAGGGAAGAUCGUCAAAGAGUUUUCCAUAAAAGAUUUGAGGCAGAUUUACUCAUCGGAGUGGAGCAUGCUAAAAGGGAAGCUGGUGAAGCCGGCAGAGCUGCAGCAGUUCUCACCAAAGUUCUACGGGAUGGUAUGAAUGAUUAUAGUGGCGUUGAUGAUACCCAAUAAAAGGACUUCAAGGUGGAGUUCAAGGUGUUUUACUAGGAUAUUGUUUACAAUGCUGUUCAAUUCAUUUCAUCCAAUCUCUCAUUUCAUCAUUUCCCAUCCUGGUUCUGGCGUACCACUUGUUUCUGGUGUAUAUGUAGCGAGUGAUUCGCCAAACUCAAAACAGGUGGCAGAUGACUCUUGGAAGUACCAUCAAAAUUGUCUUCAUAGAAGCAGCAUUAUUCUUCUACAGUUUGAUUGUUACGCACAGAAGCUCUAGGGGCGAAAGAAUUAUAUAGACUCUAGCAAUUGCAGAAUUUCCCGCAGAUUUCAGAAUGAUCUCAAAGAAUGUACUCGUCAAAGGAAGAAA